GAGGGGAUAUUCAGGAAAUAUUGAUAGAAUUAUGUGCAGAAUAUGACAUCGAAACGAAAAGCAACUUUGCUUUCUCGCUUAUUUAAGAAUAAGCAAGUAAGCGUGUCAAAGUUGAUAUAUUUUCUUUUUUGCAUGGCGAGAAUGCAGAGAUAAAAACUAAUUUGCUAUCGCGUAUAAGCAAAUAAGCAAAAAGAAGGCAAGGUAGACAGAAUUUCUCAACCAUAACAAAAUGAAUGCAAACAGUCCAUUUUGUUCGUGUUUAUAACCAAUCAACCAAAGAUGGACGGUAGAGGUAGUGUGAUACUUUUUGGUUUCUGGAUGUCUUUUUUACUAUUUCUUAUAAAUUUCAAGUACCCAGUGUGUAAUAGUAUGUAUAGUUUAUUCCCUAAGCUAAAAUAUCAGAUUUUUUUUGACUUGAGAAGAUUAUGUUAAAAGGUUUCUCUCUGCAAAAAUAUCUAUAUAGCUAUAUAUAGUGAAUGAGAUACUUCUUUAUUAUUCACUAUAGUAGUUGAGAAUGUGUGUACACUAAGUUUUUUCACUGAUCCUGUUCUGUAUAAAACUUCUAGUGCUAUAUUUUUUCAACAAAAUGAGUUUGUAGCUACUGCUUUGUCUUAUGUGUGUUAUUUUUUAUACUCAAACCUCCCCACCACACAAAUAAAUAAAUCAAAAGAAAAAUACACUCAAAAUAAUUCUGAAGUGUUCAUGUGGUGCUUCAUUUGUUAUUUUAUACCUAGCAAGAUACACUAGUGGUUGGAUUUUGAGAGAAUAUUGAGCCAGUAUGAUGAGUGGAAACAGAGCUGUAUUAAGGAUGGAAAACGUAUCCAUCAAUUUUCAAGCCAAGUCAUCAUAGUGGUGCCUUCUGCCAAGACUACUUGACAUAUGUAUAUAGCUAUAACAAUAUGGAUAGAAAAAAUCUUACCAGUCUUACUAAUAUUUUUUAUUUCAUUACUGCCUUUUUAUCUGAUGUAUUUUUUUGUUAUGCAGUGUCAGUGGAGAUGGUAACUCUCUUUACAGAUCUCUUUCUGUGUUGCUUAUUCGUGACGAAACCCUGGCUUUUGAGAAUUUUUGUGCAAUGUUUAUUGGAUGGUUGUGAUGUGUAUACAAAGACCAAGUCAAGAGAACUGGCCAUAAUUGACAUCCUAUUAAACCACCUAUCAAAGCUUAUGAUAUAAAAAAUGGACAAUUUAUUCAACACAAUUGUUGAGCCCAGGAGAGGUGUUGCUGAUGUUUCUGUGAAGAAUGAAAUUGAGACUAGUGAAGGCAUCACAAAUUGAAAGUUCAGUAUAACAUCCAAGUCAGCAGAAAAACAGUACAAGAAGUCCAAAGUGUCAUAGAUCCAGAAGGAGUACAGCUCAGAAAGGCGAAAAAGUUAAAAAGAAGGAAAUACAUAUGCAAACUACUCGAGGAAAAUUAUUUGGCUACACUCCUCUGAUACUAAUAACUGUCCGAAAGUGGUAGCAAAUCAUUAUGUAAACGCUGUCAAAAAUUUUAAAGGCACUUCCAGGAUAAUACGAGCAGACAGGGGAAAUGAAAACUUAAAUAUCGCUGCUAUUCAAAUGCUUUUUAGAAGAAAUGACACUGACGCGUUUGUCGGCGAAAACAGUGUCUUGUUUGAAAAAUCAACGUCUAACCAGCGCAUAGAGGCUUUGUGGUUGUAUUUAAGAAAGACCAAAAUUGACUGGUGGAUUAAUUACUUUAAAGAUAUGGACAGUGAUGGUUCGUGGGAGUCAAGUGAUAUGAUUCAUCGGGAAGCCUUGAAGUUUUGUUCGAAUGAAAUUGUACAAAAGGAGUUGGACGACUUUCGUGUGUUGUACAACACUCAUCGGAUUAGACCAUACCGAAAUCAACACUGUCCAAAUGGUCGACCGUGUUUUAUUUAUUCAGUACCAGAGUUCUAUGGAAGUAGGAAUUAUAAGGUUUCAGUUUCUGAUAAAGAUGCUACACUGGCAAUCCCGUAUACAACAUCAAAAAAGACUUUUCAAUGCAGUGAAGAAUUUGAAGAAUUGGCUUUACAGUUGAUGGUAAAUGAAAACUUAUCAUUUCCAGCUGAUUUUCAGGAAGCUAGAGCGUUGUACGACACGUUGUUAGUUCUUAUCGAAGGCAUAUGAAAAGAAUCCAACUAAGGAAAUGUAAAAACUAAUUUGUAAUAACACAACUCUUGUUUAAUAUAUACAACGAGCGAUAUAAACAACAAAAUAAAAAAAGACCAUAACCGAAAUUAAA